CGUACAAGGUGGAAAACUAGCUUAGCGCUGUGGCAACGUGAUGUGUUUGUAAUCAACAUUUCAUGAGCGAGAGUCGUUGUUGCUGGCACACCAUGUAGCUACACCACAACCUUAAGUGGUGUUUGUGAGAAUAAGAAAAUAGACACAUUUGUGGAUCGGUUUUCGGUGUCAUAACGAACAAUUAUGGAUGCAGUAAACGCGUUCAACAUGGAGUUGUUCUCCAUGAUUGACAUGAAGCCUCCCAUAUCCCGUGCUAAGAUGAUGUCUGUAACAAAAUCGGCCAUAAAAGCUAUCAAGCUUUACAAACAUGUGGUUCAGAUUGUCGAAAAGUUCAUCAAGAAGUGCAAGCCAGAAUUAAAAGUCCCUGGUCUGUACGUGGUGGACUCCAUUGUUCGUCAGUCACGGCAUCAGUUUGGUGUUGACAAGGAUGUGUUUGGUCCCAGAUUCUUGAAGAACUUCACAGAUACUUUCCAGAAUCUUUACCGCUGUCCUGAGGAUGAUAAGAGCAAAAUCGUGCGUGUUCUGAACCUGUGGCAGAAGAAUGGUGUGUUUGACAUGGACAUCAUUCAGCCUCUGUUGGAUAUGAGCUCUGGAUCCUUCGUGCCUGCCCCUGCACUGGAAGGUUCCGCUGCACACCAGCCAGAGUCACAACCUCCUGUCAGUAGUGCCUCAGUUGAGGCUGCUGUGCCUCAGUUGCCAAAUCCUGAUGCCUUAGCUGCUGUGGCACAGCUGUUUAAUUCCUCACAGGGUCAGGAGCUGCAGAAGAUGCUCCAGAGCUUCCAGCAGGGCGAUAAGAGCCUGGCAGCCAACACUGCAAACAACAUACCAACCCAUCUGCAGGUGUCCCAGCUCAACCCGUAUGGCGCACACACAGAGCAAAAAAGCUCAUUAGCUAAGCAACUCCUCGACCGUUUUGACUAUGAUGAUGAACCAGAGGAUGGGAAGAAUAAAGAUGGCAGUGGCCCGUCUCUAGAAAAUACAUAUAACCAGUUUCCCGUUCAGAUGCCCAACAUGGAGAAUGUCCAUCAUGUUCAUCCACAUAUGAUGGGAGACCUUGGUAUUAACGAGCAUGGUGGAGGACUGAGUCACGGUGAGCCACAGAUGAUGCCAGAUGGAUACCCGUCUAUUAAUGACACAUAUUCACGAUCACGGGGAGGUUCAAGAGAAGAUUCAUCCAUGAGGAGGGACAGCCGGCACAGAGCCCAUGGCAGGAGAUCUAAAUCCAGAUCUGGCUCCAGGUCUCCCAGGAGGAGAAGAUCAAGAUCUUCAUCUCGCUCAAGGAGGUCACGGCAUCGACGCUCUCGGUCUAGAGAGCGGCGCUGGAGAUCCCGCUCUCGUUCUCAGGACAGGAAUGAAAGAGAAAAAGAGCGAGAACGCAGACAGAAGGGUCUUCCCAGCAUCAAGAGCCAGACACUCAGCGUUUGCAGCACUACAUUGUGGGUAGGACAACUAGACAAGAGAACACAGCAGUCCGAUGUGAUGUCCCUUCUGGAAGAGUUUGGUCAGAUCGAGUCCAUCAAUAUGAUUCCUCCAAGGGGUUGUGCCUAUAUUGUUAUGGUUCACAGACAAGACGCCAACACAGCCUUGCACAAACUCAGUAGUGGGUCAUUUAAAGUCAAUCAGAAACCCAUCAAGAUUGCUUGGGCUUUGAACAAAGGUAUAAAGCCAGCACACAAAAAGUUCUGGGACGUGGAGCGAGGAGUUACCUACAUUCCCUGGAGCAAAGUCAAAGUAGAAGAGCUGGUGAGCUAUCGGGAAGGGGGAAUGCUGGAUCCGGAUACGCUAAAUCCAGAAUGGAAUGAUGCUAAGGACCUUAAUAAGCCGGCAGGUGUAAAUGGAGCCUUGGAAAAAGUUCCAGCAGAUGGAUCAGCCAUUGCUCAAAUUCAGGUGCCACCAGUUCAACAGGCAGCACCCAUGGGAGGAGGCUUACCUGGUUUUCCUAGCCCCAUCAUGCUGUCUCCUACAUCCAUGCCUCCAAGAGGAGCCCAUUUCAUCCCCACAGGGUUUGACCCUACAAAAUUUCCACCAGCAGGGUUUCCUGGAGCUGGGCAGCCUAUAGAAGAAUCCACCACAGACACUAAAGGAAACAGCACACCCUCAGAUGCGGGCAGUGACAACCAGCUGGGAUCUCCGGGAGCCCCAGUGAUGGGCUUGCCAGGCCCAGCAGUCAUGCAGGGUCCCAGACCAGGGAUGCCGCCCAUGCAGCAACCUCCUGGCAUGCAGAACCCUCAUCUACCUCCAUUCAUCCCACAUCCAAACAUACCACCCAUGCCUCCUCAGAUGAUAGCGGGGGGACCCAUGUUUCCACCAGACAGAUUCAGGUUGCCCAUGCCCUUCUCUCCCCGCGGCCCUCCUUUCCAGCACCGGCAUCCCAUGAGACAAGAGGGAUUAGACGACAGGGAUGGAAGGCAUUUCCGAAAUGGAAGGCCAGGGUUUGGGUGCCCGCCUUUCCAUAGAGGGAGAUGGUAAGGUUGGCUGAGUGAUGGACCUGAGAGGAGCAAGGACAAUAAACCACUGUGACAGAAGCUAACAGUCAAUACUAGGACAUUUGGUCCAUGAGAACUGCAGUGAACGAAAGGGACUUCACAAACUUGUGGUCAGAGACUUUCAGUUUUACACCACCGGAAAGUUUUUUUUAAACUCUGAAAAAAACUUUUGAAUACGCAUCUGGCUCGUGUUGGGAUGUGCAUACAUGUUGUCUCUUUUCUUGAAUGUGGUCCCUGCCAGUAAUUUCCUUGUUGAAGUUCACCGGAGAUCAGACUGUUGCUCUGAGUACUGUACAUGCUUGUAGCUGUUUGAUAUCUUUUUGUAUAUUUGGCGUUGUGAAGUUUAUGCUUAGACCUCUAAAUUUGGUUGGUUGAGGAAAAAAAAAAAAAAAGGCAAAGUCUAUAUUUUUAUUGCUUAUUCAUUUACCACAAGGAAGGAAACAGUGAAAAUAUAUUACUUCAUACCUUUUGGUAUUUCAAUGUUUGUUUUAGUAAAACACAUUUGUACUAAGCCAAUUUUUCAUUCAUCCCUGUCUUCACCAGAAAAGCUGUAUUUGGCAGAUGAAGAGAGAUUUCGUAUCCUACCAGUAGAGGGUAGAGUAAACCUUGUAACCAUGACCAACCUCUGUUGUAUGUUGAGGUCACACCUUGUAGAGUCGUGUGCUAUGAAUAUUAAAAUGAAGGACACCAAA